UUGGGAACCUUCCUCUCUCUCCAGUGUACAUGUAUGGAUAUUGAGUUCAGAUACAUUUCUUGAAGGGAGGUUGUAUAUAGAUAAAGAACAGAGCUGCGCAAUCAGCGUACCAAUACUGCUGCUGUGGCUGUUACUACUCUUGAGUUCUCGCCAUUGAAGUUCCUCUUUCCGAGGUAUUUGAUUUCAUACUUCCGUCUUCAUUUUGAUGGAUUUUAGCCACUCCCAAUCCAAUCUCUCUAUAGGCUUCCGCUUCCACUCCUCAAUCAUAGAUAAUUCCACCUUCCGUGGGAUUUCUAAUCCCAUGCUGUCAACUCCAUUGCAGCUUAUGGAGCAGCAUAACAACAAAGGUAACCUAAUUGGAGACAGAGAGACCAGUGAUGAUGAUGAGGAGAAGAAGGAUGUGCAGGAGUUUCGAAUUUUAGGGCAAUCAAUGUGCUUCAAGAGGAGGAGAAACUCCGAAUCGUCUUCUUCUUCUUCAUCUUCUUCCUCUUCAUCUAAACGGGCUUCUGUUGAUCCAAUGCAAGGAUCUGAACAAAGAAAAAGUCAGGUCAAGGGUUGGGGAAAUCAAUCUCUCCGGAUUGCAGAUCCCGAUGUUUUUGGAAUCAUGGAGAAGGAGAAGCAGAGACAAUUCAAGGGAAUAGAAUUGAUUGCUUCCGAGAAUUUCGUUUGCAGAGCUGUAAUGGAAGCUCUUGGAAGUCACUUGACAAAUAAAUACUCUGAAGGAAUGCCUGGAGCAAGGUAUUACAGUGGUAAUCAAUUCAUUGACGAAAUUGAAAACUUAUGUUGUAAGCGUGCAUUGGCUGCUUUCAAUCUUGAUUCCGAGAACUGGGGAGUUAAUGUUCAACCAUAUUCUUGUACAUCUGCAAAUUUUGCAGUAUAUACAGGUUUACUAUUGCCAGGAGACCGAAUAAUGGGAUUGGAUACUCCUUCUGGUGGGAACACUAGCCAUGGUUAUUAUACACCAAAUGGGAGGAAGGUCUCUGGGGCUUCCAUUUUCUUUGAGAGCCUUCCAUACAAAGUGAAUCCCCAAACUGGAUUGAUAGAUUAUGAUAAAUUGGAGGACAAGGCAGUUGAUUUUCGUCCCAAGAUACUUAUUUGUGGGGGAAGUUCAUAUCCUCGGGAAUUAGAUUAUGCUAGGUUUAGACAGAUUGCAGAUAAGUGUGGAGCAAUCUUAUUGUGUGAUAUGGCUCAAAUUAGUGGUCUUGUUGCUGCAAAGGAAUGCAUAAGCCCGUUUGACUAUUGUGAUAUAGUUACAUCAACAACUCAUAAAAGUCUUCGUGGUCCAAGAGGAGGCAUAAUAUUUUAUAGAAAGGGUCCAAAAUCAAGAAAGAGGGGAGGUAUGAAUUUGAACCAAGAUGAUGGUGGUAGUAGUGAAAGAUACGAGUUUGAGGAGAAGAUAAACUUUGCGGUUUUCCCAGCAAUGCAAGGAGGACCACAUAAUAAUCAUAUUGCUGCUCUUGCUGUAGCUUUGAAACAAGUCGUAACUCCUGAUUAUAAGGCAUAUAUGCAGCAGGUGAAGAAAAAUGCUCAAGCUUUAGCAUCUGCUCUUUUAAGGAGAAAUUGCAGAUUAGUAACAGGUGGAACGGAUAAUCAUUUGUUGCUUUGGGAUCUAAGAUCUCUUGGAUUGGCAGGUAAGCCAUUUGAGAAGGUAUGCGAGGCUUGUCAUAUAACUUUAAACAAGGUUGCUAUUUUUGGCGAUAAUGGUGUUAUCAUGCCUGGAGGUGUGAGGAUAGGUAAGUCAGCAAUUGUCGGAAAAUUCCUUUGUAGAAGGAAGAAUUUUCUGAUUUUUCUACUCAUGUAAUUCCCGUUUUUGUUUUUGUUGGUUUCAGGUACUUCAGCCAUGACUUCAAGAGGUUGUAUGGAGGCCGAUUUUGAGUUGAUUGCGGCUUUUCUCCUUAAAGCUGCUCAAAUCACAAGUACAGUUCAGAGAGAACAUGGAAAACAUCAAAAAGCCUUUCUUCAUGGUCUUCAAACCAACAAAGAUCUUAUUGAGCUAUGCACCCAAGUCGAGAAUUUCGCAUCUCAGUUUGCAAUGCCCGGUUUCGACAAUUAAAGACAAUUUGCUGAAAUUGUUUUUUUUGUUAAUAGAUCAAUAUUAUAGUGCUAAUGGUUAAUUCUUUUUUGUAAUGGGUGUGUAUCUUCAUGUAGUCAGGUUCAUUUAUGUAGGUGAUGUUCUAUUUUGAGCUGGAUAAAGUUUAAAAGAAUUUAUCUUAGAAAUAUGUACAAAGCUUACAAAUUUCAUGGUAAUCUAAUCUUGCCAUAGAAUGAAUACUUCAACUAUUUUUUGUAAAUUACUGUUAUU